CUCUGCCUGCAACUGAAAAAUCUCUAAUCUCUCUCUAGAUUUUCUCUCUUCUUCGUCAGACUGUAUUCAGUCAGUAGUACCAAUUCUCCGUCGCCGGCGACCUUCCGGCAACCUUCCGGUUCCGUCUUCUUACAAGGAUUGCUUCUUGUUCACUGCAGACUGCAUUGCUUUGCAAAUACUUCUCCACGAACAAAUUGACUGUGGUUUCGUUCACACUGAUGUUAGAUUUCUAGUCGCAUCUAAUUUUAGGAACGUGCACCGUGUGGUGGACAUGCGGAUCUAUGAAUUAACAGUCGUGAGACGGAAAGUAGAAUUUGCGGUGCGAUUGGAGUGAAAUAGAGAGGGAGAAUUGGUUCGGAGAUGUAAGAUUGAUGAAAUUUGGCUUCGUCUCUCGCUGAUCAUGAGUGGAAACUCUGCGACUAAUCAAAGAGAUUUUGGUGUUCCGGUAGGUCUUAUCACAUGGAAUGGCAGAUCCUAAUAGCUAUGGUAAUGGUGGCCGCGACAUUGAGCAGAAAGAAGAUACUCAAACUGCAGAAAACGUGGGAUCACAUGAAAGCAUCUUUACCUGCAUAUGGAUGAAUGAGUCUGCCUAGAAGUGAUGAACUUCCUACGCUUCAAUCCUUUCACCUUUGCAGGCGGUAAUUGCUCUGAAGAAGGGUGCUCAGUUGAUGAAGUAUGGGAGAAAGGGGAAACCUAAGUUUUGUCCGUUUAGACUUUCAAAUGAUGAAUUAUCUCUGAUCUGGAUAUCGAGUAAAGGUGAAAGAAUCUUGAAGUUAGCUUCAGUUUCAAGAAUUGUUCCUGGACAAAGAACUGCUGUUUUCCAGAGAUAUUUGCGCCCUGAGAAGGAGUACUUAUCAUUUUCACUCAUUCACAGCAACGGAAAACGAUCAUUGGAUCUGAUUUGCAAGGACAGAGUAGAGGCAGAGGUGUGGAUUGCUGGCCUGCAAGCUUUAAUACCUUCUGGUCAAGUUGAUCGCUCAAAAAUUGAUGGAUGGGAUGAUGGCGGCCUUUAUUUGGAAGAUAAUGGGGACUUGACAUCGCAAAGUGCAAGUGAUAGUUCAUUUCCUAUUAAUCAAGAAACUAAACCACCCUCAGAGUUCAGCAGCACCACUUCGAGUUCAAACACAAACACUUCUAUCAGUAGUCAAACCGAGACAACAAUGCUGUCCGAAAGGCCUAAUUUAGAUGUAGUGAACAUGCAAUCAAAGGGAUUCACAUCCGACGUUUAUCGCGUUAGUGUAUCUAGCGCAGCACCAAGCACAUCAAGCCACGGUUCUGCUCCAGACGAUUGUGAUGCCCUUGGCGACGUAUAUGUAUGGGGUGAAGUUAUAUGUGACAACAAUCUAGAUCAUAACACCGACAAAAAUACUAAUUCGUUCAGCACAAGAACCGACGUACUUCUCCCGAGGCCACUAGAAUCGAAUGUGGUCCUUGACGUACAUCUGAUUGCUUGUGGGGUAAGGCACUCCGCCUUGGUGAGCAAGCAAGGCGAACUAUUCACAUGGGGCGAAGCAUCGGGUGGGCGCCUUGGUCAUGGAGUCGAUCGCGACAUUAAUCAACCGCGAUUAGUCGAAUCACUAGCGUUUUCCACCGUCGAUUCCAUAGCUUGCGGUGAGUUUCACACUUGCGCGGUUACAUCGAAUGGAGAACUCUACACGUGGGGAGAUUCCACGCGCUGCGAUGGACUUCUCGGUCAUGGCUCCGAAAUUAGUCACUGGUUGCCAAAAAGAAUCUUGGGUCCUCUCGAGGGAGUUCAAGUGGGUGUAGUGACAUGUGGAACGUGGCAUACGGCCUUGAUAACUUCCUCGGGGAAACUCUUUACAUUCGGCGAUGGGACUUUCGGCGCUUUAGGACAUGGGGACAAGAAAAGUGUUCCAUACCCAAAAGAGGUCGAAUCAUUAUCGGGAUUAAGGACGUUUUCGGUCUCGUGUGGGGUAUGGCACACGGCUGCGAUAGUUGAAGUAAUCGUUACUCAGUCGAGCUCAAACGUUACUUCGGGGAAACUGUUUACUUGGGGCGACGGUGAUAAAAACCGACUUGGCCAUGGCGAUAAGGAUCCUCGGCUCAAGCCGACAUGCGUGGCCACACUUAUCGACUACAAUUUUCAAAAAAUUUCAUGCGGGCAUAGUUUAACGGUUGGAUUGACUACAUCGGGCCGGGUUAUAACUAUGGGAAGUUCUGUUUAUGGGCAACUAGGUAAUCCGAAAUCAGAUGGGAAGCUACCUUGUCUAGUGGAAGAUAAGUUUUUUGGACAAUCGGUUGAAGAAGUUGCUUGUGGUGGAUACCAUGUUGCGGUGUUAACUUCUAGAAACGAAGUCUACACGUGGGGAAGAGGAGCUAACGGAAGGCUCGGCCAUGGCGAUGUAGAAGAUCGGACCACUCCAACUUUGGUGGAGGCUUUAAAGGAUAGGCAUGUUAAGUUUUUGGCAUGUGGGUUAAGCUCCACAGCUGCAAUAUGUGUUCACAAAUGGGUUUCGGGUGCAGAGCAAUCUCAAUGCUCAUCUUGUAAGCAAGCAUUUGGAUUCACUCGGAAAAGGCAUAACUGCUAUAAUUGUGGAUUAGUCCAUUGCCACUCGUGCAGUUCUAAAAAGGCUUUUAGAGCGGCUUUGGCUCCCAAUCCGAAUAAACUAUACCGUGUGUGUGAUUCAUGUUUCGUGAAACUGAAUAAGUUAGCCGAGGCUGUGGCUAAUAGCAGAAGGAACGGCUUACCACGUCUUUCGAUGGAAAAUAAGGAUAAGUUAGAUAAGCCUGAGUUAUUAAGAUUGUCUAAUAUUGAUUUGAUCAAACAAUUGGAUACUAAAGCAGCUAAACAAGGAAAGAAAGGUGAUAUGUUUUAUUUAGGUUCAUCAGGAGCACCUUCCUUGUUGCAGCUGAGGGAUGCCGUUAAAUCUACUGCUAUAGAUCUAUAUCGUACUGCGCCCAAACAGCAUUUUUCGCAAUCUAGCGUCGCUUCGAGGGCUGUGUCUCCUUUUUCCAGGAAGGCUAGCCCUCCACGUUCUGUAACACCAAUCCCUACUACUUCGGGUCUUUCAUUCUCGAAAAAUAUAGUAGAGAGUUUGAAGAAAGCUAAUGAUGUUUUGAAUCAAGAAGUUCAAAUGUUGCGCUCGCAAGUUGAUAGCUUAAGACACCGCGGUGAACAACAAAAUGUGGAAGUUCAGAAACAGACCAAGAAGGCCCAGGAAGCAACUUCCAUGGCAUCAGAAGAAUUGGCUAAAUGUAAAGCUGCAAAAGAUGUAAUCAGGUCACUUACCUCACAGCUCAAACUGCUGGCUGAGAGGCUUCCUCCAGGCGUGGUCAGUGUCACAGACAAUACUAUAAAAGCUUCCUACCUAUCAAAUGGCACUCACGAUUCAGAUACAAAUCUAAGGCCGGAUUUAGACACCAUAAACAACCCAGCCGGUACAGUUCGAGCAGAACCUAUUGCAACAAAGGCGAUAAUGCACAGAUAUUCUUCAUCUGAGGAACUUGACGGAAAUACCCAUCAAAAUCACAGACUUCCUCUACACAGUGGCGAAUUGUUCCAAGGAAGGGACAGUAGUGCAUCUGAUGGCCAUGACGAUGAUGGUGAUAAUAAUGGGUUGACUAAAUCCAGGAACCAUGUCGAAUCCGAAUGGAUUGAGCAGUAUGAACCUGGUGUUUAUAUAACCCUCUUGGCUUUGCAUGAUGGGACGAGAGAUCUCAAACGAGUUCGAUUCAGCCGGAGAAGGUUCGGGGAGAAGCAAGCUGAAACAUGGUGGUCGGAGAACCGGGAAAGAGUUUAUGUGAAAUACAAUGUACGUGGAACAGAGAGGUCAUCGUCGGUUUCUGGACAUGUGGGGACCAGAUCAGAUGGAGGAAUGUCUCCAUCUUCCCAUAAUACUUAGAGAGGUCUUCACCUUCGGAGUUUCAAUAGUGAGGACAUCAUUAGACAUUUCAGUAGAUAUUAGAGUCAUCCUCUUGUUCCAAAAGCAAGAUCCCUGCCAUGUUCAAAAGAGGAAAGGUGCCGAUGAAUAUGGAAUUCUCAAGAGCUUCCUCCGUCCCCAUUGCUAUUUGGUUACUCCAAGGGUGAUGUAUGUUGUACAAUGGAUUUAGGCGUAGGUUGAAAUGUUUUUCUAAUCUUCUUCUCUCAUUUCGCACGACCACUCUCAUCCUUUCUCCCAUGAUGGAUGUGUGGUUACUUGAACGAUUUCCGGUUUUGUCUGUCAGCCUCAUAGUACCGUCACGCUUUGCUUUGCUUUGCUUUCCACGUUUUGGUCCAAGUCUUCUCAAUGAAUGCAGAAGCCAUGUAUCAAAGCUAAUGGUGACAUCGAAUCAAAUUUGGAUCCAAAAUGGAAUGUUUCUUGUGGUUACCAACAAAAUAGCUCAUUAUAUAAAU